GCUGAAGCUCAAUGCGCCUGCGUGUCUCGUUGCAUCCUUGCCAAAACAUUGUGGGCUGCAGAAAAACAGUGCCUUUUCUCGCCGAAUUAAAAACAACAGCAUUAUUUUUGCUCUAUAUUUAUAAGUCUUGAGCAUGGCAGAGAGCGAAGUGGACACGCCAAGCACCCCGAUAGAAUACGAGAGCAAAUACUUCGAGCAUCAUGGAGUUCGCCUGCCUCCCUUUUGCAGGGGGAAGAUGGACGAGAUUGCCAACUUCUCGCUCCGAAGUAGCGACAUAUGGAUCGUCACUUAUCCAAAGUCAGGCACCAGUCUUCUUCAGGAGGUGGUCUAUCUGGUCAGUCAGGGCGCGGAUCCAGACGAGAUCGGCUUCAUGAACAUCGAUGAACAGCUGCCUGUGUUGGAGUAUCCUCAGCCUGGUCUGGACAUCAUACAGGAACUGACAUCCCCACGGCUGAUUAAGAGUCACCUUCCAUACCGAUUCCUGCCCACAGCCAUGCACAAUGGAGAAGGCAAGGUGAUCUAUAUGGCCCGUAACCCAAAGGAUCUGGUGGUGUCCUACUAUCAGUUCCACCGCUCGCUCCGCACCAUGAGCUACCGCGGAACCUUCCAGGAGUUCUGCCGCCGCUUCAUGAAUGACAAACUGGGAUAUGGCUCCUGGUUUGAGCAUGUGCAGGAAUUCUGGGAGCACCGCAUGGACUCCAACGUCCUCUUCCUGAAAUACGAGGACAUGUAUAAGGACCUGGGGACUCUGGUGGCGCAGCUGGCACGCUUCCUGGGUGUGUCAUGUGACAAAGCCCAGCUGGAGGGGAUGGUGGAGAGCUGCAGCCAGCUCAUCGAGCAAUGCUGCAACUCAGAGGCCCUGCAUAUGUGCAGAGACCGCGUGGGUUUGUGGAAAGACGUCUUCACCGUGACGAUGAACGACAAGUUUGACGCUGUGUACCGGCAGAAGAUGGGCAAGAGUGACCUGAGCUUCGACUUCGGUCUGUGAGAGCUGACCUUUGAAAUCGGUGUGUGAGAGCUCUCGCUGUCACGCCAUCCCAUAAUAUCCCCCACAGCCCAGCUGACAACACGUCAUGCCAUGUCACACCACUCACACUGCCCCACUGAAACACAUCACACACUCCCCCUAGUGGCCAACCCCAACCCCAGCCCCAACCCUAACCUCCCGGGUGACCUUGACCUUAACCCCUGACCCCAACCCUAACCCUAACCUCCCAGGUGACUUUAACCCCUGACCCCAACCCUAACCCUAACCCUAACCCUAACCUCCCGGGUGUGUAUCGGGGGUAUGGAUGGCUCCCCCCUUGGCCCUGCCAGUCUCAAACUGCCUUUACCCUCUCCUCAUCAGUUACUUUAACCCCUAACCCUAACAUUGACCUCAACCCCUGACCCUAACCCUGACCCUAACCCUGACCCUGACCCUAACCCUAACCCUAACCCUGACCCUAGACUCAAACUGCCUUUCCCCUCUCCUCCCUCUAACACACUCUUCCGUGUGUUGGAACCCUCAGGGUUAGGAUUUGGGCGUGACUCAGGGGGUGACCCUUAAAGUACAGAUGGUCCCUUGGGAAAGAGAAGGGGACUCAGGGGGUGACCCUUAAAGUCCAGAUGGUCCCAUGGGAAAGAGCGGGGGAGAUCUGCGCUCCCCUUUAGCAUGACCAGCAGCUCACCUCACCUCACCUGACUAGAUAGCGGUUAUCAGAUUAGCAUGACGGUUUGCCCUGAACCUAGUUUUAACCGUAAGCCUAACGCAGGCAACAGGUUUUCAAGCUUUGGAGGAACAGAUUAUUGUUAUGCUAUAGACAUAUUAUGUAUAUAGAUGAUUGAUUAUUGAUUAUUGGUAUGUUUUCCCUAAACCUAACAUUAACUGUACAGCAGCAGGAGGUUUGGCACUUUCCAUGUGAAAAUACCCCCCCACCCCCCGAGACAUCACUAACCCUGACCCCUCUGACCCCUCUGACAUCACUAACCCUGACCCCUGAACCCUGACCCCCCAGACAUCACUAACUAACCCUGACCCCUCUGACCCCUGACCUCCCAGACAUCACUAACCCACUAACUAACCCUGACCCCCUGACCCCUGACCCCCCUGACCCCUCUGACCCCCCUGACCCCCCAGGCAUCGCUGUGAAAUAAUGUUUUUCAUGUACAAUGCAAAUUUUAAAGUUUCUCACUCUAAUUUUAGAAGACUCAACAAAAGUGAUAUAUGUCACAAAAAUGAUUCUGUUAUUUAAUUCUGUUAUAUUUUGUUAUAUUAUGUUGGUCUGCUAAUUUAAUAAAAAUGACAAAUAUAUUAUUGUAUACUAUGAAGCAAUUCAGAUUCACAUUAGAGAAAAAUAAAAAACAACUAUCUUUGAAA